CAUUCAACAAUGAUCCAGGUUCAAUGCAACCAAUUUCUGCUGCACUUAAUGAGGAGGUGUACUUUGAAAUAGUCAAAAGGUUGUAUGCUACAGCUAGCAUUAAAUCCGAACAAUUGAGUUUUGAAGCUAUUCGUCAAAUGUCGAGUAAACCACCAGGAAAGCAACAAAAACAUCCCAAAUUUUGGAUGCCACCAAAAUCUGCACUUAUAAAAGUUACAAAACUAAUAAACUGUCAAAUCAAAUACUUAUUCACAGUUUGGACUCAUGAUGCAGUGUUGCCAAAUUUUCUUGCUGAAGGUUGUUUGAAAAAGGACACCACAGGAAGUAUACAAUAUGACUUUGGUGAUGAAAUACAAAUUAAGAAUAUCGAGACUACCUUCACCAUUCAAGAUGACGAACUAAAAAGACUGAUUGAUGCUGCUUCUAUUUCUAGAAAAAGGGAAAAGAAAACAAAAAGAGUCAGGUCCAUUGAAUCAACACCAGUGAAGCCAGAGCAAAUAAAGAAAAAGCCGAUUAUGUCAACUCCCAUAAAAAUGAAACUACAAAAGAAAGAUGUGUGAUUUUCAAAGGAAGAUACACUUCAUUAUGAACUUUGAAUCAGAGACAACAUCAAUUAAAAUAUCAAAUCAUUAGCAUUUUAUUAAUGAUUGCAGUAUUUGAUUUAUUUAUAUUUAUAACAAAAUUUUAGCAAAAUUAUUUGUAAUAUU